AUAGAGAUAGAAGCGUCCGCCGGAAGUGAGGAGGAAAGGAGCGUGAUGGCGGACGACGCGAUGAAAACGGAUGUGCAGCUGCCUGCGGCCACAGACCUCAAGAAGCCUCGUCUAAAGAAAGCUCCUGAGCUUCCAAUUCUGGAGAGGAGAAACUGGCUUAUACAUCUGCAUUACAUCCGCAAAGAUUAUGAGACCUGCAAGGCCAUCAUUAAAGAACAGCUGCAUGAAACUCAAGGCAUGUGUGAAUAUGCUGUGUAUGUACAAGCUCUGAUCAUGCGGUUAGAAGGGAAGAUCCAGCAGUCUCUGGAGUUGUUUCAGAGUUGUGCGAUCCUCAACCCCAAAAGCUCAGACAACCUCAAGCAAGUGGCGCGAUCACUUUUCCUGUUAGGGAAGCACAAAGCUGCUAUCGAGGUUUAUAAUGAAGCUGCGCGUCUCAAUCAGAAAGACUGGGAGAUCAGCCAUAAUCUGGGCAUUUGCUACAUCUACACCAAAGACUUAAGAAGUGCAGAAGAGCAGUUAAACUUGGCAUUACAGCUGAACAAACACGAUCUGACCUUCAUGAUGCUGGGAAAAAUCCACUUGCUGCAGGGAGACACGGAGAAAGCCAUCGACGUCUACAAGAGCGCUGUGGAGUUUUCUCCCGAGAACACGGAGCUGUUGACCACGCUGGGACUGCUCUACAUGCAGCUUGGGAAAUACCAGAAAGCCUUCGAGCACCUCGGGAACGCUCUGACAUACGACCCUAAUAACUUCAAGGCCAUCCUCGCGGCCGGCAGUAUGAUGCAGACUCAUGGAGAUUAUGACGUGGCCAUGAACAAGUAUCGUGUAGCGGCAUACGCUGUCCCCGAGAGCCCCCCGCUCUGGAAUAACAUCGGCAUGUGCUUCUUCGGCAAAAAGAAAUACGUUGCUGCCAUCAGCUGUCUGAAGAGGGCCAACUAUCUGUCUCCGUUUGAUUGGAAGAUCCUGUAUAAUCUGGGUUUGGUUCACCUCACCAUGCAACAGUACGCGUCAGCUUUCCACUUCCUGAGCGCCGCCAUUAACCUGCGGCCACGCAUGAGCGAGCUCUACAUGCUUCUGGCCGUUGCCCUGACCAAUCUGGAUGACCCGGAUAACGCCCGCAGGUCUUACGAACAGGCGGUUCAGCUCGAUGAGUCAAACCCGCUGGUGAACCUGAACUUUGCGGUGUUCCAGUAUAAUCAGGGCGAUAAGAAGGCCGCCCUGCAGCAGUUCCAGGAGAUGGAGAGGAAGGUCAACGCUCAGAUCGAGAGUGACAGCAACACAGAGUUUGACCCUGAGAUGGUUGAAAUGGCUCAGAAAAUAGGCAGUGCUCUACAGGCGGGUGAGAACCUGUACUGGAGCAAACCAGGCAAAGACGGCAAGACCAGCCACCGGUCCUCCUCCUCCUCCUCCUCCAGCAAAACCAGCAGCUCCCAGCAGCCCCUGGGCACCAACCAGGCCCUGGGUCAGGCCAUGUCUUCAGCCGCUGGCUACAGCAAGAGCAUGCAGAUCUCCACAGUGCCCGAGGCGGAUGUGAGCAUUGCCCCGUCUCCCCCUACAGUCACUCCUGGAGACCCCGAGGAUGAGGAUGAACCCGACAAACUCACAGAGAAGAAGAGUAAACCCAAAGCAGAGGCUGAAUAGAGCUCAAACUACAUCUUUCUCCUGAAGAACGUGUUGAAUGUAUAGUAUAAUAGUGCAGGUUACAAUCACAGAUGUAUUACAUGAAAUAAAGGUCUGUCCACCUUUAGACAUAUAAUUAUAUGAGAAAGUUUUGUAUAAAAAGCAGGAUCCAUUUUUUAUAUUAGUGAACUACAUUAGUUAACAUGAUGAAAAAUGAAGAAUUGUAAAUCUUAAUGCUAAUUUCAGUGUUUAAUAAUACAUUACUAGGAUUAAAUGUUGUAUCUGAUAAUAGUAUUUAAAGGGAUAGUUCACUUUGAAAUUAAUUUUGAUAUGUUUUAGCUUACCUCAAGGGCAUCCAAGAUGUAGGUGUCCAAGAUGUUGUUUCCACCGUAUUUUCAAUGGACUACUUGCACUGAGCUUCGCGACUCACUUCCGUUUGGAAACAAUACAUAUCACUUACUUCCGGUUAUGUUUACUUUCAAUGUACUGCGGUCAAUCGUCAAUGAGUUGAACAAACACCACCAUGAGUGUCUGUAAUAAAGUUUUAUAUUUUGGACAUGUUUAUUGACAGAAGAAGGGAUAUUCUGAUGUGUACUGUGUGUGUAGAAACUGAAGGAAAAUGAAGUUUAAAUCCAAACCAAGCCAAUCCGAGAAAGCUGCGGCAGUUAAAAAACGCCGUUAUUUCACCACAGGGUGUCAGCGUUCGUCUACGUUGGUGAGAACAGAUGAAUAACAACAUCAGUACGAAACACGAACAUUUAUUUGGAUUAAAUAUUGUAAUUUUU